ACGUGCGCAGGAUUGUGGGAGCCGAUAUCUCACCAGGAAUGGUCGAUUAUUACAAUCAGCGCGUCUUUAAUCAAGGCAUUCCACCAGAAGAAAUGCAAGCCAAAUGUGUGGACAUUACUAAGGAUGUAGCUCCGCUGGGUGAAGAGAAAUUUGACAUUAUCGUU